AUGUCUUCUAUGGAAAAGGACCGCGUCGACACAGACGACCAGACCAUGUCCAGCGAGGAAGCCCCUCGACGAGAGCGCCGCAGCAAGAAGAAGAGCAGCAAGUCUCGCCGUCAAGGCACUCAGCAGCAGCAGCAACAAGGAGGUGGUGGCUCAGGACCUCUUGACCAACUCCCUCUCGCUGGCGACCUCGGCAACACAGUCGGCGGCGUCACAGAUGGCGUGAGCAACACCCUGGGCGGCGUCACGGGAGGCCUUGGAGGUCUCACAGGCGGCCAGCAGCAGGGUGGCGGCGGUGGUGAUGCCGGCAAGGACACUCUUCGACUUCGCCUAGAUCUCAAUCUCGACAUUGAGAUUCAACUCAAGGCUCGUAUUCACGGUGAUCUCGAGCUCUCUCUACUGUAUGUGUACUCUGUUCCUUCUCGUCCCUACUCUCUCUCUUCCCCCUCCAAUCUGUGGCCGUUGUAUCUUACUUGGCUUGCAAAUCUCCAGAACGGGAUAAAAAUCGCCGCGAUGAAAUUCCUUGAUGCAGAGGCUAAUAAUUGCUUUGCGCUGUGCAGAAACUAA